UUCCUUUCUGCUUGCACUUCUGCUACAUCAGAGGAGAGGAGGAGGUCGCACCACUGGUGCUGGCUCGCUCGGGGCAUGGGGAUCCCGUGGACGCCCUGGCCGCUCCUCUGGGCAGUGCUGCAGCUGGGCUGGCGGCCUGGAUGGCUUCUAGAAACGCCCGCCAGGCCCUGGAGCCCCCUGGCCUUCAGCCCGCCCCAGCUCACCGUGGCCGAAGGGGAGACCGCCACCUUCACCUGCAGCUUCUCCAACACGUCUGAGCACUUUGUGCUCAACUGGUACCGCGUGAGCCCCAGCAACCAGACGGUCAAGCUGGCCGCCUUCCCCAAGGACAGCGGCCAGGUCCACCCGGACCCACGCUUCCGAGUGACCUGGCUGCGCAGUGGGCAGGACUUCGAAAUGAGUGUCCUCUCCGCACAGCGCAAUGACAGUGGCACCUACCUCUGUGGCGUCAUCUACCUGCCCCCGGAGACGCAGAUCUACGAGAGCCCCCACGCAGAGCUCCUGGUGACAGAGAGAACCCGAGAACCACCCACUGAGACCCCCAGCCCCCCAGCCAGGCCUGCGGGAAAGCUACAGGGCCUGGUCAUCGGGGUCACCAGCGUCCUGGUGAGCAUCCUGCUGCUGCUGCUGCUGACCUGGGUCCUGACCGCCACCUUCCCCAGGGCCACGAGAGGGCCCUGUGCCUGCUGCCGCGAGGACCCGCCGCUGAAGGAAGGUGUCUCCCCGGCGCCUGUGUUCUCCGUGGACUAUGAGGAGCUGGACUUCCAGUGGCAGGAGAAGACCCCGGAACCCUUUGCUCCCUCUGUCCCCCAAGAGACGGAGUACGCCACCAUUGUCUUCCCUGGCAGACCAGGCUCCCCCACCCGCAGGGCUUCAGCUGACAGCCCGCAGGGGCCCUGGCCUCUGAGACUCGAGGACGGACGCUGCUCCUGGCCCCUCUGAUGGGCCCCCACCGGCCCAUGGCCUUCAGACCCAGUGACGGAGAGUGGAGUGACCCCCCCCACCCUGGAGGAGCACACAGCUGUGGGGGCCACCCGUGGACACGGGGCCGUGCACCGUGCCAGCCUUGCCCCGCUCUCCUCUUAGUCCCCAGGGACCCGGGCGAGGACAGAAGCCGCCCCAGGGCUCCCGGCAUAGACCCCACUCAGCUGGCCUGGUCACUGUCCUGACUGCUGCUCUGUGCCUCCUACGCUCCUGGGGCUUCAGGAGUCGUGGCGACCCUGCUGCUCCUCAGGGGAGCCUGGUGCCUGGACAUGGAGAGCCGGGUCCUGGUUGGAGACUCUGCCUUGGGGCGGCAGGUGAGGUGCCCCCACAGCAAGGAGACCCAGCCCACAGCUCAAGGGGCCCACGGGGCUGUGCAAGAACCUGGCACUUCCCGGGCCUGGACAAGAGCGCUCCUGGCCACAGUGCUCAGGCAGCACCCUGGAGUGGCCUCCUCCCUGCUGCCCAUUCCCGGUGCUAUUUAAGGACACCUCAGAGCCCAAGGUGCUGGGCGGAUGCCCUCAGCCAGGCCUGCUGCGCUCUGCCCGCCACACACACAGCACUGGCUGCUGGGCAUGGGGCUCAGGAGCUCACACUUGAGAGGCCCUUUCCCUUCUAUUAUAUUAUAAUUAAAUGA